ACUCCUGAAGAAAUCUCUUCUAUGGUCCUCACUAAGAUGAGAGAAACCGCUGAAGCUUAUUUGGGCACCACCGUUAAGAACGCUGUCAUUACCGUUCCUGCCUACUUCAACGACAGUCAACGUCAAGCUACUAAGGAUGCUGGUUUGAUUGCUGGUAUGAAUGUUCAACAAGGUUGAAGGUGAACGUAACGUCCUUAUUUUCGAUUUGGGUGGUGGUACCUUCGAUGUUUCCCUCUUGACCAUUGAAGAUGGUAUCUUCGAAGUCAAGGCCACUGCUGGUGAUACUCACUUGGGUGGUGAAGAUUUUGAUAACCGUCUCGUUUCUCACUUCAUGCAAGAAUUCAAGCGUAAGUUCAAGAAGGAUAUCUCUGGUAACGCUCGUGCUGUUCGUCGUCUCCGUACUGCUUGUGAACGUGCUAAGCGUACCUUGUCUUCUGCUGCUCAAACCACCAUCGAAAUUGACUCCCUCUUCGAAGGUGUUGAUUUCUACACUUCUUUGACUCGUGCCCGUUUCGAAGAAUUGAACCAAGAUCUCUUCCGUAACACUAUGGAACCCGUCGAAAAGGUUCUCCGUGACUCCAAGAUUGACAAGUCCCAAGUCCACGAUAUUGUCCUUGUUGGUGGUUCUACCCGUAUCCCUAAGGUUCAAAAGUUGGUUUCUGACUUCUUCAAUGGUAAGGAACCCAACAAGUCUAUCAACCCUGAUGAAGCUGUUGCUUAUGGUGCUGCUGUUCAAGCUGCCAUUCUUUCCGGUGAUACCUCCGAAAAGACCCAAGACUUGCUUCUUUUGGAUGUUGCCCCUCUUUCCCUCGGUAUUGAAACCGCUGGUGGUGUCAUGACUGCUCUUAUCAAGCGUAACACUACCGUUCCCACCAAGAAGUCUGAAAUCUUCUCCACCUAUGCUGAUAACCAACCUGGUGUCCUCAUUCAAGUCUUUGAAGGUGAACGUGCCCGUACCAAGGAUAACAACUUGCUUGGUAAGUUCGAAUUGACCGGUAUUCCUCCUGCUCCUCGUGGUGUUCCUCAAAUCGAAGUCACUUUCGAUGUCGAUGCUAACGGUAUCUUGAACGUCUCUGCUCUCGACAAGACCACUGGUAAGUCCAACAAGAUCACCAUCACCAACGAUAAGGGUCGUCUUUCCAAGGAAGAUAUUGAACGUAUGGUUAACGAAGCCGAGAAGUACAAGGCUGAAGAUGAAGCCGCCGCUGCUCGUAUUCAAGCCAAGAACGGUUUGGAAUCCUAUGCUUAUAACCUCCGUAACACCCUUCAAGAUGAGAAGGUUGGCGGUGCCCUUGGUGAAGAAGAUAAGAACAAGUUGAAUGCUGCUGUUGAUGAAGCUAUCAAGUGGCUCGAUGACUCUCAAGAAGCUUCCAAGGAAGAAUAUGAAUCUAAGCAAAAGGAAUUGGAAGAAGUUGCUAACCCCAUCAUGAUGAAGUUCUAUCAACAACAACAAGGUGGUGCUGCUGGUGCCGCUCCCGGUGGUUUCCCUGCUGGUGCUGCUCCUGGUGGUUUCCCUGCCGGUGGUAACACUGCUGAAACUGACGGUCCUUCCAUCGAAGAAGUUGAUUAAAUUGCGUCAUCACAUGGAGUUUUUUUUUCUUAGACUUUUUUAAUAUUUGAGAGGCUUUUAUUAUUAUAUAUACAAAUAUAGAUAUCGUUAUACAUCUUGUAAAAAAAAAAACAUAGAAUUGUUCCUUUAUUUUGUUUCAUGUAAAAUAAAAUAUAGAAUUCUUAGUUUUGUCAUACUGUAUAUUUCCCUAUAA